UCAUCAUACGUCUUUGUGCCUUUGCUUCAUCCACUUCCUUCACUUUCCUUUCUCUGCUCAAACUCUUUGUGUGCUUGUUUGCCUCUCCAAUGGCUACCCUGGAGGAUAUUGGUGUUUCUGCAUUGAUCAACAUCCUCGUUGCAUUUGCGUUUUUACUGGCUUUUGCUCUGCUCAGAAUACAACCCAUCAACGACAGGGUUUACUUUCCCAAGUGGUACAUCAGUGGAGGAAGAAACAGCCCCAGGAGGUCCAGGAAUUUUGUGGGCAAGUUUGUCAACCUCAAUGUUAUGACUUACCUCACUUUCUUGAAUUGGAUACCUCAAGCUAUGAGGAUGAGUGAGUCUGAGAUUAUUAGCCAUGCUGGCCUUGACUCUGCUGUUUUCCUCAGAAUUUAUACUCUUGGCUUAAAGAUCUUUGUUCCCAUGACGAUCGUGGCACUCCUUGUCCUUAUUCCAGUCAAUGUAUCAAGUGGAACGUUGUAUUUUCUGAGGAAAGAAUUGGUUAUAAGUGAUAUUGAUAAGCUGUCAAUAUCGAAUGUUCAUCCUAAAUCUAUAAGGUUUUUUGUUCACAUAGCACUGGAGUACCUGUUCACCUUCUGGACUUGUUUCUUUCUUUACAAGGAAUAUGGUAAUGUAGCAUCCAUGAGGUUGAAUUUCUUGGCUUCCCAGCGGAGGCGAGCUGAGCAGUUCACUGUAGUUGUCAAAAACGUGCCUCGUGUUUCUGGUCAUUCAAUAUCUGAUACUGUAGACCAGUUCUUCAAAACAAAUCACCCAGAUCAUUAUCUUUGUCACCAGGCAGUCUACAAUGCAAACAAAUUUGCUAAAUUGGUGAGGAAAAGGGAUAGACUACAAAAUUGGCUAGAUUAUAACCAACUGAAGUUUGAAAGACAUCCUGAUAGGAGACCAACUUUAAAGACAGGAUUUCUGUGUCUUUGGGGUUCAAAAGUUGAUGCCAUUGACUACUACAAACAACAGAUAAAGGAGUUAGAUAGAAGAAUGGCACUAGAGCGGCAGAAGAUAAUCAAAGAGCCUAAAUCUAUUUUGCCAGUUGCUUUUGUCUCAUUUAACUCUCGUUGGGGAGCUGCUGUUUGUGCACAGACACAACAAAGCGAAAAUCCAACUCUGUGGAUAACAAAUUGGGCUCCAGAACCUCGUGAUGUUUACUGGCAGAAUUUGGCCAUACCAUUUGUGUCUUUGACCAUAAGGAAACUAAUAAUAUCAUUAUCAGUAUUUGCCUUGGUGUUUUUCUAUAUGAUACCUAUUGCGUUUGUGCAAUCCCUAGCAAAUUUAGAGGGUCUUGAAAGAGUUGCUCCAUUCCUAAGGACCGUGAUAGAACUGAAAUUCAUUAAAUCAUUCUUACAAGGUUUCCUGCCGGGUCUUGCUCUUAAAAUAUUUUUGUAUAUACUUCCUGCAAUUUUGAUUAUCAUGUCAAAGAUCGAGGGACAUAUUGCAUUAUCAACUCUAGAACGGCGAGCAGCUGCAAAGUACUAUUAUUUUAUGUUGGUGAAUGUGUUCUUGGGAAGCAUAGUGACUGGAACAGCUUUUGAGCAGUUGCACUCUUUCCUUCAUCAAUCACCUGCACAGAUUCCUAGAACAAUUGGGGUGUCUAUACCAAUGAAAGCCACCUUUUUUAUUACAUAUAUAAUGGUUGACGGGUGGGCUGGCAUUGCUGCUGAGAUUCUCCGAUUGAAGGAAUUGGUUAUCUUUCAUCUUAAGAAUAUGUUUCUGGUGAGGACUGAAAGAGACAGAGAAAGGGCAAUGAAUCCAGGCAGUGUGGAUUUCCCAGAAACUAUCCCAAGUCUUCACCUCUACUUCCUUCUAGGGAUUGUCUAUGCUGUGGUUACACCAAUUCUUCUUCCUUUUAUAUUAGUCUUCUUUGCCUUGGCAUACUUGGUUUAUCGCCACCAGAUAAUUAAUGUUUACAAUCAACAAUAUGAGAGUGCUGCUGCAUUUUGGCCACAUGUUCAUAGCCGCAUAAUAGCAAGCUUGCUGAUAUCUCAGCUUCUACUUCUGGGUCUGCUCAGUACAAAACAGGCUGCUAAUUCCACUCCUCUGCUUGUUGUCUUACCCGUACUGACAUUAUAUUUCCAUAAGUACUGCAAAAAUCGUUUUGAGGCUGCAUUUAGAAAGUACCCACUUGAGAAAGCGAUGGAAAAAGACAUAAAGGACAAGACCACAGAACCUGAACUAGACUUAAAGGCCUACCUUGCUGAUGCUUACUUGCACCCAAUUUUCCAAACAUUUGAGGUGGAGGAAGAGGAGUUAGUGCAGGUUAGAGCUGUCAGGGUUGAUAAAUAUCAAUCUCAUGUUGACAAUGAACAAACUAGCAAUCUCAGCUCCCCAUCCUCACCUCAUCAAGUCGAUCAUGCUGCCUCCUCAGCCAACCACCAUGCAUAUCAUCCAACUUCCUCACCACAAUAUGUGUACAAAACUAGUUCCCCACCCCAAUACUCUGAUGAUCCCACCUUUCCCAGCUACUACUCCUACCAUUACGAAGCCGAGCCAUGAACUUAAACAGAAUAAUGUCUGUAGGUGAAGUCCUAACCCGUUUGUUUAACUUAUUAAACUUUCUGCUGUGCAUUAACGUUGGUGCUAUAGUCCCUUCAAUUUCCAUGUAAUUAUUCUCCUGUUAAGAUGCAAGUGCAUGGGACUUAGCUUUCUUUAGAAACCAUGCUUGCAAGUUGAAAUUUUUAGUAUGAAUUAGGAGCUGCUCCAGUCUCAAUGGUUUGGUUGAAGAUCUGAAGUCAUUCUAGUUAGCUGUUCUAAGUGGAUUUUCCAAGGUUUGUAGAUUUCUCUUCCCUCUUUCAGAACUGGCUUGUAACUAUUGCUUUGUAAUUUACAUCUUCACAUUUUCAUCAAUUUGAAAGUUUAUUUUUGA